GUCAUGGACUUGCGCAGUAAGUCAGAGGUGGCGUCUCUGUAGUUAUUCCUAUGAGUUAUUCCAGAAGACGAUUCCUAUGAUUAAACAUAACGUUAAGAAUAUUCGUUUAUUGCAAAGUUAGUUUAGGUGUAACGUGCACUACCUUGUUUGAGAAAAGGUAAGUUCUGCCCGGCUGGCCAGAAUAAAAUUCGCCUCAGGACAGGACGAAUUCAUGGCUGGCUAGCUAGCUAAUUAGCUACUUAGCCCUUACCAGCAAGUAAUUUUCUCAAAUAAAGUUUGCAUUCUUGCUGGAUCAGUAAUAGGCAAAAGACCAAGUUACAGCAGUGCAUGGCCUGUAUUUUUACAAACUGACAUUAUCUACAAACAACCACUGACCUCAACAGAUAUGACCGAUGCCUAACCGACGUCUGCGUUAACUUUACGCGUUAACCUGGCUAGCUAGACCAACGGUAGUUGUUUCGAAUGAAGCCUGUCCUAGGACAAAACACUUUUUCCAUUUCUGGUUACCAAAAAGUGUCUCUCCGUCCAAACAAUAAACAACGAGAUAUGCCACUGUGGUUGUUUCACGUUGUUAGCAUGUGUUACGGUCUAGCAAGUCAAGCAGUGACGUGACGCUGAAAUUACUUUUUUUUCUGGAGACAAUACCUAACGUCUGGUGGCAGCUAGGGUUUGUUGAGGUCCUCAUCUUUCUAUAGCGCAAAGCCUACGUCAAAGCAUCUCAAGUAAGUCUACAAUAAUUGUUUUCACUCCUCUCUGGUUAAGACAUUUGAUUUUGAUGCACUGCCUUGGUGACAAAAGCAACAGCAUUGGCUGGGUUGGUAUGAUCUCCAUUUGCUUGGCGAUGUUUAAUAGAACAGCACUAUUGGGCAGGAAAUUAUGUGUUUUAACCCUUCUUCUUGAGUCUACAGACCAUCCUGACCUAAGCUGUUACGAAAUAAGCUUUGACAGGGGUAUUUGCGUCUGCUGUGUUGCACACACGUUGUUUGACAAGGCUAUACUUGUCAGAGAUUAUGUCCUAGAAUAAAAUUUCAGAUCAGAAUCAGAUUUGCUGAGUGUAGACCAGUAGGCCUAACCACACCAGCAAAACUGCUCUCUGUUUCUUCAAACUGGAUCUGCACAGAUGUGUAUCCAUGUUGUGGUUUCUUGACAUGCGUUAUUGAAUUGCCUUGGGGUAGUGUUCCAAAGAUGAUCCUUUGUCAUUUUGAGUUUGAGAGAACAAUGUGAGUCAAGAACCAUUGUACCAUCAAUACACAAACCGUUAAGUAGGUGUGGUGGUGAAUUGAGUCAUCUUGCCAUGCUAUGUCAGGAGUCAGCCUGAUGGGGCCAUAUGUGGACUUGUGUGCAUGCAUAUUGCACUAUGUGGAUGAAACCAUAGGAGAAUUUCUUUACACAAUUGUGUUUGUGCAUUAAAUACAUUCCUAAGCAACCCCAUGCAGUGUGAAGAGUUUAGACCAUCAAAGAAAAACAGCAAUGUUUGGGUUGCGCAUGUGCUUGUCAGGUUACUUGAAAAUGUAGGUGGGGGACUUGCUUGCACAAACCUUUAUUACAUAAUUAUUAUUAUCCUGCAGGUAGAUGAGUCAUCUCCAAAUGCUGUUCUGUUGUCAUCUCUUGAUCACUUAAGAUGCUCUCUCUGGAAUCACUUUUGAUGCUCUUGUGUUGACAUGGUUCGUCCGUCCCUUUUCAGCAUAUUAGGGAGGAUCAGGGUACCAGUCCCAUGAAGGUUUCGUCAAAGAUUUGCGCUCUGCUUCUGAUGCUUGGCAUCUAAGUUGCACUAUGCCUGCAGCUACUGUGGAUCAUAGCCAAAGAAUAUGCGAGGUUUGGGCUUACAACCUGGAUGAGGAACUGAAGAGGAUCCGGCAGGUCAUCCGUAAAUACAACUAUGUUGCUAUGGAUACAGAAUUCCCUGGAGUUGUCGCCAGGCCCAUCGGAGAAUUCCGGAGCAAUGCAGACUACCAAUAUCAGCUCCUGCGUUGUAAUGUUGACUUGCUUAAGAUAAUCCAGUUGGGUUUGACCUUCAUGAAUGAGCAGGGUGAAUAUCCUCCUGGAACAUCAACAUGGCAAUUCAACUUUAAGUUCAACCUCACAGAAGAUAUGUAUGCACAGGACUCCAUAGAACUUUUGACUACAUCUGGUAUCCAGUUUAAGAAGCACGAGGAGGAGGGCAUUGAGACCCUGUACUUUGCAGAGCUGCUCAUGACAUCUGGCGUGGUGCUCUGUGAGGGCGUGAAGUGGCUGUCAUUCCACAGUGGUUAUGACUUUGGUUACCUAAUCAAAAUCUUGUCCAACUCCAACCUGCCAGAAGAAGAGGCUGACUUCUUUGAGAUCCUUCGUCUGUUCUUCCCUAGCAUCUAUGAUGUAAAAUACCUCAUGAAAAGCUGCAAAAAUCUUAAGGGAGGCCUUCAGGAGGUGGCGGAGCAGCUAGAGCUGGAGAGAAUUGGACCCCAGCAUCAGGCGGGAUCUGAUUCACUUCUGACCGGAAUGGCUUUCUUCAAAAUGAGAGAGAUGUUUUUUGAGGACCAUAUAGAUGACGGCAAGUACUGUGGUCACCUGUAUGGGCUUGGAUCAGGCUCUUCCUAUGUCCAGAAUGGCACAGGUAAUGCCUAUGAGGAGGAGGCCAAUAAGCAGCAGUCAUGACCUCCUUGUCCCCUUGGACCUCCACCUCUUCUUCCCAGGACCUCACCUCCAUCUUGUCCGAUCCUCGUGAAAUAUCUCCACGGUAGCGUGAAAUAUCUCCACCGAUGAAGGCAUUGUAUGGUUUAGUCGGCAACGCUUUUUUCCCGGAACCUUGUAUUUACAAGGUUGGUCAACAAACGAAUUGACAAGGAAAAGUCGGUGCCUGCUCCACCCCACUGCAAACACUGUCUGGAACACCAUGAUCAAGCAUUUCAUGUUAUUUUCUGUGAAAGCUCCUUGAAAUUGCUUAUGGGUUUAUUUGAACUUCACAUGCAGAGCACCAUAUAAGCACCAGUUUAUACUUUUGUUAGUUACAUUUUUCUUAAAAGUAAAUAUUUUGCACUUUAAAGCUAUCGUCAGACUUGUAUGAAAAGCUACAAGGAACGAUUUCCCUUGGUUGCCUUCUCUUUCUUACCAUUUGUUUCAGUCUAUUCGUUGAAGAGCAAAGGAGUGACUAGGGUACAUAGUGUUCUAGUUCAUGUUCUCCCCCAACAGAUCUCAGCCUUAAUAUCAGCUACAUUGUUUCCUUCUUUAGAUUUUAAUUUAUUACAUUUUAUUAUUUGUGUCAAUCAUUUGAUAGCUGAAUAACACUACUUUAUGUUGUUGUGCUCUUCCCUGAUGAUAGGAUUAUGUCCAUGCUCUCUUAUUUGAUAGACUAUUUUAUGGACGGAUCUUCCAUUCAUACAGAAAAGGAGACAAUGACAGGCUGGUGGGGCACUGAUUUUACUGUUUACUAUGGGGUGUGCACCAGUUUUACAGUAUGGGAUGUGAUUCCUAACUGCCAUUAGUAAAAACAAACAAAAAAAAGAUAUUUUUUUCACAGCUAUAGUCCAUUUUUAUGUUAAGGAAAAGUUGAUGUAAGGUUUUUGUAGUGUUUUAGUAAGAAGAAGAGCUCAAAGCCUUUUAUUCAUCGAAGAAAUAAUGCAUAGAAGUAAUCUUAUCCCGCCAACCUAAUAUCAGUGGAAUCCUUUUUACUUGCAUUGCGGAUUGUUGAACUCUGCGCAAAGUGUUUUUUUUCUUCUUUCUCUGACUCGUUUUUUUGUUUGUUAUUUAAAACUCUGUGUUGCCUACCGUAGCACUGCUGCACGAGCUGCAGGUGUUGAAAUAAAUGCUGUGUUGAACAGUAGCCCACGUUUCUCUAA